AUGGAGGGUGAUAUUACUAACAAUGAGCCAACUAUUGCAGAUUUCAUCACCCAGACAGCCGCAGGUGUCAACAUUAGACGAGUGAACCCUGCAACACCCCCCGUCGCAGUGCCUGGAACCAGUCGAAUGAGUCCUACACCAUCCGACGUCCCAGUGCCGGGCGCAAGUCGAGAGAGAGUUCAACCACCGGCAACGAUUCACAAGCGAGUGCGGGUAGCAGGACAAUUCGCUGUGAGAGUUGCAGCUGUGAGGUAUCGAGGAAUGCACAUGCGGCACAUCUGA